AUGUUUAAUUAGAUUCUAUGUAUAAUGAUGAUGAUAUCAUUACAUUAUUGUAGAACCAAAGAGGAAUGGAAAAAUAGAACUAUCUAUUAAUUGUUAACUGAUCGAUAUGCUUCCACAAAGUCAAAUAGUACAAGCUGCAAUUUAGGAAACUACUGUGGAGGAAACUUCAAAGGAAUUGAAAAGAAUUUAGAUUACAUAAAAAAUUUGGGCUUUGAUGCUAUUUGGAUAUCCCCUAUAGUUCAAAAUUAUGAUGGAGCUUAUCAUGGAUAUGCUGCUAAAAAUAUCUAUUAAAUUAAUGAGCAUUUCGGAACAGCAUAGGAUCUAAAGGAUCUUGUAAAUGCAUGCCAUUAGAAGGAUAUCUGGGUUAUGAUUGACAUAGUGGCUAAUCAUAUGGGGAAUCAAGAUCUAGAUUUUUCACGUAAUUAUCCUUUUAACUCAUCAUCCCAUUUUCAUGACUUAUGCGAGAUAUCAGAUACAGAUUUUGCUACUCACAAUUUAGUGAAUAUCGAAAGAUGUAGAUUAUUUAUGUUGGCUGAUUUGAAUUAAGAUAAUUCUUAUGUCGCAAAUGAAUUGAUUAAUUGGAUUAAAUGGGUAGUGAGUGAAUUCAAUAUUGAUGGUAUCAGAAUAGAUACAGCAAUGAUGGUAAAGGGAGAGUUUUGGAAGAAGUUUACAGAAGCAACAGGGAUUUAUUCAAUAGGCGAAGUCUUUGAUGGAGAUAUGGGAUUCUUGAAACAAUUCAUAGGACCAAUGGAUGGCUUAUUAAAUUAUCCAUUGUUCUUUACUCUUAGAGAUGUAUUUUUACAUUGGGGUGAUAUGUAUAGAAUAGAAAGUUUUUAUUAUAAUCAAUUACAAACAUAUGGUAAGAAUAAUAUUCCUUAUAUGGCAUAAUUUAAUGACAAUCAUGACAAUGCUAGAUUUUUGAGUGAUGAAGUCAAUGGUGUAUCGGCUUCAGCACUUAAAAUACUCUAAUUUAAAGCUUUUACAGCCUUCACUCUGACAUCCAUUGGGGUUCCAAUUAUGUAUUAUGGAUCUGAGUAGUUAUUCACUGGAGGUGGAGAUCCAAAGAAUAGAGAAAUAAUGUGGAAUUCUUUUAAUGAAAAUUCGGAUACUUAUAAAUUUAUCAAAAAGAUAAAUUAAGCAAGAAAAGCAGUUAAUGCAGGAGCAUAGGAACAAGUACAGAGAUAUGCAGAUAAUGAUUUCUAUGCAUUCACUAGAGGUCAAUUAUUUGCUGCCUUUACUAGCAAAUAUGACAGAGAUGUGAUAAGGAAGAUAACUUAUCAUCCUUAUGCUGAUGGAACUAAGUUAUGCAAUGUGUUAUUCACUGGAGACUGCGUUUUAGUGCAAAAUGGAUCUUUUUAGGUUUAUCUAAGAAAUGGAGAAGUGAAGAUCUUUUUACCCGAAAAUAUAGUCGUAGAAAUGGAAUGA